AAACCCUAAUGAUGAAAAAUACAGAUCUAUCCGGAUUGGAAACACAGCUUUUUCUACUAGACUCUUGCCUGUCAGAGGAGCUGUUGAGUGUUUGUUUGAAAUGGGCUUUGAAGAGGGAGAAACACAUCUUAUCUUUCCUAAAAAAGCUUCAGUGGAACAACUGCAAAAAAUCCGUGACCUGAUUGCCAUGGAGAGAAGUAGCCGGUUGGACGGCUCAGGCUCAAAUAAAAGCCGUAAAGCAGAGGCAUCUGAGCAACCUGCAAGCAGCACCCAGCCAGCUACCCCACAGUCUCCAGAUCUUAACGGGGUAACCGAGCAAGCAGGAAGCCCUCACCGACAACCGUCCAAUCUACCGUCUGCUGCACUGGUUACUGCUGACUCAACCAUUCUAAACAUUCUUCAGUCCAACAUUCAGCAUGUGCUGGUCUAUGAAAAUCUUGCUCUCCAGGAGAAAGCAUUGGCUUGUAUUCCAGUCCAAGAACUAAAAAGGAAAUCACAAGAAAAGUUAUCUAGAGCCAGAAAAUUGGAUAAAGGUACUAAAGUAAGUAAUGAGGAUUUUCUCUUGCUGGAGCUUUUGCACUGGUUUAAGGAAGAAUUUUUUCACUGGGUAAACAACGUUUUGUGCAGCAAAUGUGGUGGACAGACUAGAUCUAGAGAGAACUCAUUAUUGCCCAGCGAUGACGAGCUGAAGUGGGGUGCAAAGAAGGUCGAAGACCAUUACUGCGAUGCGUGCCAGUUCAGUAAUCGAUUUCCAAGAUACAAUAACCCUGAGAAACUUUUGGAAACAAGAUGUGGACGGUGUGGCGAGUGGGCUAACUGUUUUACGCUGUGCUGCCGAGCCCUGGGGUUCGAGGCUCGCUACGUGUGGGAUUACACAGACCACGUCUGGACAGAAGUCUACUCUCCUUCCCAGCAGCGGUGGCUGCACUGCGAUGCGUGCGAAGAUGUGUGUGACAAACCACUCCUUUAUGAAAUCGGAUGGGGCAAGAAGCUUUCCUAUGUCAUAGCAUUUUCUAAAGAUGAGGUAGUUGAUGUCACUUGGCGAUAUUCUUGUAAGCAUGAAGAGGUGAUCUCUAGGAGAACCAAGGUUAAAGAAGAAGUACUUCGAGAAACCAUUAAUGGGCUUAAUAAGCAGAGGCAACUCUCUUUGUCAGAGAACAGAAGAAAAGAACUUCUCCAGAGAAUAAUUGUGGAGCUUGUUGAAUUUAUAUCUCCCAAAACCCCAAAACCUGGAGAACUUGGUGGAAGAAUAUCUGGGUCAGUGGCUUGGAGAGUAGCCCGAGGUGAAAUGGGUCUAGAGAGCAAAGAAACUCUGUUCAUCCCCUCUGAAAAUGAGAAGAUUUCUAAACAACUCCACCUUUGUUAUAAUAUUGUAAAAGACUGUUAUGUUCGAGUUUCAAAUAACAGUCAAACCAUUUCUGGAUGGGAAAAUGGUGUGUGGAAAAUGGAAUCCAUAUUCAGGAAAAACGAAACAGACUGGAACAUGGUGUACUUAGCCAGAAAGGAAGGCUCAUCAUUUGCUUAUAUUUCCUGGAAGUUCGAAUGUGGGUCAGUUGGCCUCAAAGUAGAUAACAUUUCCAUCAGAGCAAGUAGUCAGACCUUCAAAUCUGGAGCAAUACAGUGGAGACUGCGAUCUGAUGCCGGACAAGUCGACCUGACGGGUGAUAAAAAUCUUCACUCCUAUCAUAAUUUUUCUGGUGCCACUGAAGUUAUUCUGGAAGCAGAAUUAAGCAAAGGAGAUGGCCAUGUUGCUUGGCAACACACCCAGCUGUUUAGACAAAGCUUAAAUGACCACGAAGAGAAUGGUUUGGAGAUCAUUAUAAACUUCAGUGACCUUUGAGAACCUACUCGUUAUAGAAAAGCUGGCCAUGAUCAAGGACUUACGGUGGCCCAAAGUCGUGGGUACAGUGCAUGCGUAGUUGGCGGGUCACCACCCUGUACUAGCAUAUUUCUUUUGCUGGUUAUCCAUCAUGUAACUUUCAUGAGGUCUAUCUUUAUACUGUGGACCAUAAUGAAACCUUGAAUUAAAAAAUUCCCCACCUGUUCAUAUGUGACUACAAUCUGGAGUAAAGUCUUAUUGUCCCAACAUCAGAUUUUAAAAUUGUCAAGUCUUUAUUGUCCCUAUAUCAGAUUUCUAAAAAACUGUAGGAAUCAUUUUAAGAUUAAGAUGAUGGUAUUCCUGAUUGAAUUUUAUUCAUGAUUAUGAUAAACUCUUGGGCUAAUAAUAGUCACUUGACAUUUUCUGAUCAGCCAUUGACUUCUUUAUAAGUGGUUGAUUUAAAUUUUUCCGAGAGUUUUCAUUUUUAGUAAAGGUGAAAGUAUAGUAUCUCAUAAGUUAUAUAGUGCACGAAAUUUUUUAUUAUUGUAAAUAUUUAGUCAUUUAAGAAAUAAAAUUAAUUAUUUUGCCUUAUAUCUUUUUUGUGGUUACUUUAGCUAAAUAAAAAUCUUACUAAGUAUGCUAAACAUUGAAAAUUAUUUAAAUAGACAUGAGUUAUGAAGAACAUUUAAUAUUGACAGCUUAAAUUCAGAUACCUUGUAUCUAAAUUCCAUAAUAAUGUGGACACUUGAAAAUGCUUUAUGUAUGAGUUGUAUUUUUAUCUACCUCAUUGAAUAAAAUAUUCUUGACUUCA